AUGUCGCCCUCGCGUACCAUGCCAUCAUACCUACAGGCAGAAGUUGGUUUUCACAACACAACAAAAAGCUGCUACGUUAUAUACGAAUCUAAAGUAUGCGACAUCACGGACUUUCUUGACAGCCAUCCUGGUGGCGCAGAACUCAUCUUGGAGUUUGCAGGGAAAGAUGUCACUGACAUUCUUGGGAAUGCAGGUUUGCACAAGCAUUCAGACGCGGCUUACGAAAUUCUUGAUGAUUCAAUGAUUGGGUUUGUGAGCUCUGAGGAGAAGAAUUCUGCCUCUGCCACAAAUAAAAAUUUAAAACAAGUCCCAAAUACGUCGACUGAUAAUUUUGAAAACAAAGAGACGCAAACCCACGAUGUGCUAGCCCACCGGUUUGCGACCACUGGAAUGUCAUCUGCUGAAGAUUUAUCGAAAGAAACAGACUUAUACAGCGACUUCAGGACACAUAAAUUCUUGGACUUAAAUAAACCUCUACUAAUGCAGAUGUGGAAAGGUGGAUUUAGCAAGGACUUUUACUUAGAUCAGAUACAUCGCCCGCGUCAUUACAAAGGUGGAGCCUCUGCACCACUAUUUGGAAACUUUUUAGAACCUCUCUCUAAAACAGCUUGGUGGGUAGUUCCCAUAGUCUGGUUGCCUCCCGUCACAUAUGGCACAUAUAUCUCUAGAACAGGGUUUUCGAGUCUAAUCGAAGAAACUUCUUAUUGGAUCCUUGGCCUUUUUUUGUGGACACUCAUAGAAUAUUUCCUUCAUAGAUUCCUUUUUCACCUUGAUAAACUUUUGCCUGAUAACCGAGCUGCUCUAACUUUGCACUUCUUACUACAUGGUAUACAUCACUACUUACCUAUGGAUAAACUGCGGCUUGUAAUGCCACCUGCGUUAUUUUUAAUAUUAGCAACACCUUUCUGGAAACUUUCACACUUCGUAUUCUACUGGAACUGGUCAAUUGCUACGACCGUAUUUUGCGGUGGAAUAUUUGGCUAUAUUUGUUAUGACCUGACUCAUUAUUUCCUCCACCACAAAAAGCUACCGUCAUACUGGAGAGAAUUAAAAAAAUAUCAUUUACAACACCACUAUAUGGACUACGAAAAUGGCUUUGGUGUGACAAGUCGAUUUUGGGAUGUUGUAUUCGGCACUCAACUUGCAGCUCCAUCUCUGAAAGCUACUUAA